ACUAGAACUAGUAGCCCCGGUUUAUCAGAAGAAGAGCAUUGUCAUUCAAGGAAGUUUGACAUGUGUGCGUGCAAAAUAUCAGCAAUGUCACAAAAAUGAUCUCUGUUUUGUCUGAGAACAUUUUAGAAUAAAGACGGUUGUAAAAAAAAGAAAUCACGAGUAACAUAAUCAAAAUUGUCAAACAUGGACAUAUUGAUUCACAAACUUCCAACCCUGCUGUCCAGGACUUUUUUCAGAGCAUUAAAAAGAAGCCACACAUGUGCCACCCACACUUCUCCCCCCGUCUGUGCUUCAUCCAAACCAGUAAUCCCAAUACCACUUGUGUCUCGUCUCUUCCAGCCUUCCAACCUCCGGGAAGGUCAGGAGGGAGGAGACUUGACAUGCCGCAGCCAGAGACUGAUGCUGCAGACAGGACUGGUCCAUCCAUCCAAUCCUGGUUGCUUCUACUACCUACCAGUAGCCCUGAGAUCCAUGGAGAAGCUGGUCCGCCUCAUUGAUGAGGAGAUGCAUGCGAUCGGUGGGCAGAAAAUUGACAUGCCAGCAUUGUGCAGUGCAGAACUUUGGAAGACGAGUGGACGCUGGGAGCUCAUGGGAAAAGAGAUGUUUAGGUUGCAGGAUCGGCACAAUGCGGAAUACUGUCUUGGGCCGACUCAUGAAGAAGCAGUUACGGAGCUUUUUGCUUCGCAGAGCUCAGUAUCCUAUAAAAAGCUCCCACUUCUGCUGUACCAGGUAACACGUAAAUUCCGUGACGAACAGAAGCCAAAGUUUGGGCUUUUACGGGGACGGGAAUUUUACAUGAAAGACAUGUAUUCAUUUGACAUAAGUGAGGAGGCAGCCCUUGAAACGUACCAGUCUGUGUGUCGAGCCUACGGGCGCCUGCUUGACCGAUUGGGCUUGAAGUGGGUGCAGGUUCAGGCUGCCACCGGCAACAUAGGGGGCACACUAUCCCACGAAUUUCAGCUACCAGCAGACAUCGGUGAAGACCGAUUGGUUGUCUGUAAAAACUGCGGCUUUUCUGCCAACGUUGAAACUGUUGAACCAGGACAGACUGAAUGCUCACAGUGCGAAACUGGCACAUUGACUGAAACCAGAGGCAUUGAAGUGGGGCACACUUUUUACCUUGGCACAAAAUAUUCACAAGUGUUUAAGGCCUCGUUUGUUAAUGCAUUAAAUGAGCCUCUGGUGGCAGAAAUGGGCUGUUUUGGACUGGGCGUCACUCGAAUCCUUGCCGCCUCUGUAGAGGUACUGUCAUCAGAGGAGGCUAUACGCUGGCCUGGGUUAAUUGCUCCUUAUCAAGUGUGUGUCGUUUCACCCAAAAAGGGAAGCAAGGCACAUGAAGCCACAAAAAUGGCUGAGGAUCUGGCUCAAAGCUUGAGCCACAGUCUAGCCAAUCUAAGAGGGGAGGUGGUCCUGGAUGACAGGAAUCAGAUGACCAUUGGUAAAAGACUAAAGGAUGCUAGGAUUCUGGGGUAUCCGUAUGUGGUGGUGGUAGGGCAGAAAGCUUUGGAGGAUCUUCCCAUGUUUGAAGUCAUUUGUCAACAAAGCGGAGAAACCAUGUUUCUUAGUAAAGAUGGGCUGGUGGAACUUUUGAGCGGAGUUGAAACCAUCUAGUUUCUCUAAAAUUUAUUUAGGCUGUGUUCAAGUGAAAAAUAUAAUACUUACUUUGUUCACAAGUUGACUGUUAGUUGUUAAUAUAAGCUUGUGGUAUAUGCAUAGAUGUAUGUCUUAUGGUAUAGAAUGGUUGCUGAAGUGUUAGUCCUGCUGAUAUAACUAAGAAUAAAUACUAUAUGUGGGUGAUUCUCACGAAAACUU